UAGAGUAAUAGUUUAAAACUUUCGGCCAUAAAAUAUAGAAUAAUCCAUCAGAAAAAAAGUUGACCACCAUAUUGGAAAAUGAACGAGUGUUUAAAUGUUUGAAGUACUUACUUUUAGAUGGAUCUAAAACAAGGAAAGACUUUUAAUUUCAAGUCUGCUAAAAGCUUUAUAUUUUUCACAGAUCACAGUGGCGGUCCAUUACAGAAAACUGAUAAGGUUCUUUUCGGUUGCCAGGCAUGUUUCAUAUAACGCUGUUGGUGCUUUUGGUAGUCCUUAGUGUGGUAUACAUGAGACUGAAACACAACUACAACUACUGGACUAGACGGGGGCUACCACAGCCGCCGACUGUUUUAGGCUUCGGCAACAUGUUGCCCAUCCUUCUCAUGAAGAUCAAUAUAGGCAUUAUAUUCGAUAACAUGUACAGGAACUAUCCAGAACGUGACGCAGUGGGAUUCUAUAACUUCCUGUCUCCCCAUUUGCUCCUCCGGAGUCCAGAUCUGAUCCGAAAAGUCCUAGUCAGCGACUUCUCCAGCUUCCAUGACAAUGAGUUCACCGUCUCCAGGACACUUGAACCUCACUUAUACGAGCACCCGUUCAUUCUCAGAGGAGAAGAGUGGAAAAGUAAUAGAGUGAAGUUGUCGGCUAGUAUGACGUCAGUAAGGAUGAAGGAGAUAUUUCCGCUGAUAAAGGAAAUUGUACCUCGCCUGUAUUCUUACCUUGAUAACCAUUUGGACGCUGAUUUGGACGCGGCUCUUACGGCAAAGCUGUUCAAUUUGGACAUCAUUUCGAACGCUGUGUUCGGAAUCAGCAACAGCUGCUUCGCAAACUCCGAGGCACCAUUCCGCAAGAUCAACGAAAUAAUGUUGAAAAGAUUAUAUCACUGGAAAUUUGUAAUUAUCUUUUUCAUGCCCAGAGUGCGAAACUUGUUUGGAUUGAGGUUUGUUCCACCUACAGUUACCGACUUCGUGGAAAACAUGGUGAAGGAAAUAAUGAAGUAUCGAUUGGAACACAAUAUGACGAGAAACGAUCUGUUCCAGUAUUUCAUGAAAAAAGAUACAGGAAGUAACUUGGAUGAGAUGAUGUUCUACUCGAUGACGUUUUUCCUGGAAGGAGCCCUGGCCUCGUCAGUAAUGGCCAGUAUGGCGAUGUUCGAGCUAGCGGUCAACCCUCAAAUACAAGACACACUGCAUUCAGAACUCAGCCUCGCCUUGCAGGAUAAAAAAGAACUCGAGUACGACAUUAUUUCCGACUUGCCGUACCUUGACAAAGUCAUAAAAGAGACGCUGAGAAAGUACCCUACAAUUCCGGGCUACUGGAAAGAGUGUACUAAAACAACGACUUUUGAAAUUGAAGGAAGACGUGUGGAAAUAGAGCUUGGAACUUCUAUAGUGAUCCCUGUACAAUCGAUCCACCACGACCCACAGUACUACCCGGAUCCGGAAGUGUUCGAUCCAGAGAGGUUCUCUGAAGAGAACAAGGCUCAGAGACCUUCGUACACGUAUGUGCCGUUCGGAGAAGGACCCAGGAUGUGUCCUGGUAUGAGGUUUGGACUGACACAAGUGAAAGUAUUGAUCUCCAGCAUUGUCUCCAAGUACAGGAUCCUCCGCAGUUCCCGGACCCCGGAUAAACUGACCUUUGCCACUGUGCCCUUCCUGACGAUGCCCAAAGAACCGAUCUGGAUCAAGAUAGAGAAAAGAGAAUGAUGCUUUAUUUCUGGAUCAGUGUCAAUAAAGUUUUGUGUGAAUAUCAA